ACACUGCAUACACAUAACACUGUGGUGCUCCAAAAAAAAUAUACAUAUUUCUAAAAAAAGACAUGAAUUCAAUACCUUGAAAGGGUAAUUGGAUGCCAGAGAUCCUGUCCAAGAAGCUUGAAUUCCUAGCCUCAGACCAAUUCCAAUUGAAAAACCCAUAAACCUCGUCGAACCCACUCACCCCUUCUUUCAAAUAGUAACUCCCAGCAAGAGUCCACAAAGCCCAGUCAAAGUCAAGUUCAGCAUUAAAAUUCAAUUAUGACCGUUGGUGCGAUCCUAAGUUCCAGUGAGGCCCGGCAUAACCAUGGAUGUUCCAAAGAAGAGAAAGAUCAUCUAAUUCGUAGCACUAAGAAGAUCAAAGGUAUUUCUGAUUCAGCUGAUGAUGGUAUGGAGGUACAGAGCUCGGUGGAUGAUACUCAGGGGAAGGCGAACCCUAACCUUUCGAUACCUGAGGAACCUAUGUUGGAGGCCUCCCUGAGCCAGAAAAAGGAAAUUAGGUCGGAAGCUCCACCUCCUCCCAUGGAAGGGCAGUCAGACCAAGUUCGAUCGUUCAAACAAGCCUUGUUGUGUUCUCGAUUUAAUGAAUGUGGAAAUGAAAAGAAUUUUGACUGUGAUGUUGAGACACUCUCUUCGGAUGAAGAUGAUUUGGCCAACGACACAGGUCCUGAGGAUCACAUGGAGAUCAAUGAAGGAAAUAGGGCAGGUGGCCCAUGGGUUGUUCUGGAUCACUAUGUGACGGUGAGGAAAUGGCAACAAGAUUUCAAAUCUGAUGAGGCUGAAGAAGAUACCACUGCCAUCUGGGUGCGGUUUCCUAAUCUGCCGAUUGAGUAUUAUGAUGAGAAAGUUCUUUAUCAUAUCGCGAAGAUCCUGGGGGUGCCUCUGAAGGUGGAUAUAAAUACGGCCAUGGCAGCUAGGGGGAAAUAUGCUAGAGUUUGUGUGGAAGUUGAUCUUCGAAAACCACUGAUUUCUCAGUUUUCUAUAGGUAAGUAUACAUAUGUUAUAGAAUAUGAACACUUACAUACUCUCUACUUUUCUUGUGGCAGGGUGGGACAUCGCAAAGAAAGUUGCAGUGAGAAUUUUUCACCGGUGACAACCAUCCCUAACCAUAAUCCCACCAGAGAAGAAAACCUAGGGAAGGAGGCUACUAUAAAUGGGCUGGACUCAUGUAAUGGAAGAGAUAAAGAAGGGCCAGAGACUGAUAAAUAUGGGCCUUGGAUGAAGGCCACCACAAGGAGAAGAAGGCAAGGCCAAAAAAAUUCUAAAGGGCCCAAUGCCCAUGUACGUAACAAAUUUGAAGUUCUGAGUAACGUGGAAGCCCCACCACGGAUGAUAGAAGCCCAAGAUCCUUCAAGAUCAAUUCCUACUGGGCCAGAUCAAGCUGAUUUGGGAUUAACACACAAAGAACAAUCUGCCAAGCCAGCAGACAGUAUGGCUAAUUUGGGUUCAUCAAGUGACUUGAACAUGGAUAACUGGAGAGAAGAGAUUAGACAAGGCAAACAGCAGAGUUGCAUUACUGCAACAAGUUUUCAGAAGUUAGAACAAGAAGUAAGGGAGUCUAUGUCAUCCAUCCUAAUCCCCAUCAGCCCUAGGACUUCUUAACAAGUUAAAAGAAACCCUAAGGCUAAGGUUAGAGAACCACCAGAUCGUUAUGGAAGAAGAAGGAGAGAAUUACCCAACAGAGAAGCAUAUCCUGAACAUGCACAGAGUCUUGUUAAUGCUUGCACCAGACAAAGAAGUGUUUCACCUUGUCACUACAGAAUGGUGGAUAGAGGGAGUAAAGCUGAGAAUCCAUCCUUGGAGACAGAUAGAAGCCAGCCAGGAGCGGCACUUCAUAGCAUUAACACCAACAUUGUCAAUGGAGGACAACCAGAGUAAAGCUAAGGGUAUUCUGGGCUUGUCUAACCAGAACACUCUUCCUACCCUUAACCAGUCAUCUAUGAAUCUGAUGGUUUGGAAUUAUAAAGGUGCAGGUAACAAAAGUCUCAUAGGAAUAUGAGGGAAUUAGUCCAGAUUAACAAACCUGAUAUGCUAAUCCUUAUGGAAACCAAGGUUGAGUUUAACUCUAUGGGCAUGUUCUUCAAUAGGAUGGGUUUCACUGCAUCUUUUCAUGUGGAUCCCAUCAGUAGAAGUGGGGGUAUUUGGUUAGUCUGGAACCCCAUCAUUGUGAAUGUGAGAGUCACUGAGGCCAGUUCCCAGUUGAUCACUGCCACCAUUUCGAGGCAAGAUUAUCCCGAUUGGAUUUUAUCUGUUAUCUAUGCUAGUCCUAUUAGCCAGAAAAGGGAUGAGCUGUGGAAUAAUUUGGAAAGAUCUUCCCAAACUAUCACUGAUCCUUGGCUUUUAGCUAGGGACUUUAAUGACUUUGCUUCUCUUGAUGAAAAAAGAACCAUGUCUGGAAGCCAAAACUAAAGUCAAGAUCAACAGAGAGCUCAGAAAUUUACUGAGAGGGUGAACAAUUGUAACCUGAUGGACUUGGGAUGUACAGGUCCUAAGCUCACUUGGUCUAAUAAUAGAAAUGGGUGGGCUAAUACUAUGGUGCGACUUGAUAGAGCCAUGUGCAACACUGAAUGAAAGACGAGCUUCCCCGAUGGUUUGGUCCAGAAUCUCCCUCGUACAUACUCUGAUCACUCUCCUUUGAUGAUCUUCACUCAAGGUAAGCAUUCUUUUAAUCAUGUUUGUAAACCCUUUAAAUUUGAAGCUGCUUGGAUCUCUCAUGAAGAGUUCCAGUCAGUUGUGGAUUCUAAUUGGAAGUUCCCCUCUUCAUCUGUUCUAGAUAAGCUUGAUUACCUUACUAACAAAAUCACUGUUUGGAAUAAAGAGGUGUUUGGUAACAUUUUUAGAAAAAAAAGAU